AGUUUAGUGUAUAAUGUCUCAAACUGUUCUUUUAUUAUUGAGCAAACAUGAUCUAUUAUAGACUAACAUGUUAUUUAUACAGAGUAACUGUGAAUAGGCAUACACUUAUGAAAAAAAAAACAGGCCCGUCAUAAAAUAAACCUGCGUAUUUCUCAUUUAUAAUUUGUUUUGAAUAAAACCAUGGACAAGUAUGAUGAGUAGCAUGUUUUAACAACUGUUUUAUAGGUGGGUAUUCUUGUUUCAAAAGAGAGGCGAAAUAUUCAAAAUCAUCAGUCGAAAAUAAACUGACAACGAAAUGUCUACAUAUAAUAAGAAAAGACAAACAGACAAACAAAAGUAAACAAAACACAAUGGAAAAGCUAAAGACUGAGCAACACAAAACCCGCCAAAAACUGGUGGUUGGGGGUCUCAAAUGUUCAUAUCAUAGACUAUUUUAUAAAGCAAGUUACGAAAAAGAAUACUAACCUCCAGUCUUACGCAAAACAAAUUAUAAACGAGAAAUACGUAUAAUAGCAGACAGCAACCAAAUACAAAGACUGAACUACAAGUUCCCGCUGGAGACAGGCUUUUACAUGUAUGUCCAUUUAUAUUUGAGAGAAAAUUAAGAAGUGAGUCCUUAUUAUAAGUCAGAUAUAUAUACAUAUCAGUCGAAGCUAUGCAAAUGCAUUCAAAUAUUUCUAAACAGAAGCAUGAAUACUUGAGUUCAUAACUUGCGUCUACACACGCGCUUGUCAUAAUAUAAAGAUGAGCAGAUGUGGAAUAUAAAGAUAACUAACUAUCAGAGUCAAACUCAUUUAUUUACGUAUCAUCAUUCCAUUAUUACGGUGGUAUUGCUGUGUUUGUCAAAUUGAUACCUUAAUUCAUACAUUUUGUUUUCAGUGUUUAAAAGAAUAUAAGAUUGAGUUCUAAAAUGUUGUUCGCUGCAAGUUGCAGUUUUUGUAGCUUUAUAUACCUUUUACCUAUAGUAACAAACGUAUGGAUUUGGAUUUCAUUUGGAACUACAUAUGGUUUAGCUUAUGCACAGAACCACACCAAUCAAGAUUUUCCGUAUAUAAGUUAUACUGGCGUAGACGAACCAGAGAGCGGUAUAUUUUCCUUCUUACUUACAGUGUCAGCUAUAAUGUUGGCAGUAAAUGCUGAAAUGAGAUUCCUAUUUAUAAGAAAAAGGAUACAAAGAAACCGAGCAAAUUGCAGUAACAGUUGGCAGAUAGCGAAUAUUACUGGACUCGUUGUAGGUCUCUUGUCGUCCAUCGGACUGUUAAUGGUAGCAUGUUUUCAGGUUGAUACCAUGUUCCCACCACAUAUUGUAGGUGCUGCCGUUGCAUUUAUACUACCAUUGGUAUACAUGUGUUUGCAAACUGCCCUCACACGCAAGCUGAAGAGACCACGAUGGGAGUGGCUAUGGCAGUGUAUAAAUACUGCUGUCACAUGUAUAAUAUUUGUGAUUUUUAUUGUACCUUUUGUUUAUGUUAAAGUGGAGAAAAAGGAGGAUUUAAAAGAUGUUUUAUUGUUGGCAAACAUCACAGAGUUGCUACUAGCAUUGUCACUCUACGCCUUCCUCAUCUCAUUUAUGGGUUGUUUUAAAGAAAUACGUGUAUUAACUAUAAACGUUCAGUUGGUCGAGGAUAAUCAUAGGUACCAAGAUGAAGAAAAUAGACAGCAGGUACCAUUAACAUUGUUAACAGACACUCAGACUAUUUAACUAUUAAAUGUUUUAUACAUAUCAGCAUGAACGGACAUUCAUGUGAAGAUUCCUUAGUGUCUGUCAUUGACAUGUGUUCCUUUAAAAGUGGUGCUAAUGGUAAAAAAACGAGUCUGUGGUAUUUUAUACUUCCAGAAACAGGAUAUAUAAAAACAUGUUGUAUAGUUUUUAGUAUUGUUUAAGAAAUAUUAUUACAUUGGUUGCAAUGAAUUACAUUGAUUUCCCAGUUAGGUAAAAACCGAUAAUUUCACAUGUGAAAUAAACGAGGUUAUUUCACUCUCUGACGUCAUACAACAAUAGGCGUUGUCAAGACGUCGAUAACGUCGAAACAAAACAUGCGUAGGAAAAACAUGUAGUUCCUUACAUUUUGUACAUUAAUUUCAUAAAAAAAAAAGCAAUUUGACAAUGUAAUAAAAAGUAUAACUAAUCGCCGUAUUUGAAUAUCAAAAAUAAGACAACUUGUGACCGAACGCCGCUAUGGAUUAAACUCGUGCUGCGCACUCGUUUAAUCCAUGCGUCGUUCGGUCACGCGUUGUAUUAUUUUUUGAUAUUCAAAUACGGCGAUUAGUUAUACUAUAAAUACAUGCAAGCCAUACAUUUAUCAAAAACGUUCACUUAAACAAUGACAAGGACAAAUUAUUACAAAUAUAUGGCUUGCAAGAAUGAUUUCGAUUUUGAAAGAACUAAUACGGUUAUUCAAAAAGCCGAAGCGAAGAUCAGAUUACCGUGUGUAUGGCAUUGAACCCCCUGUAAGAUAAAAGCUACAACUUUCAAAUAACUCUAAGGCUAACAUUUAUCUCUUUUGAAAUUAAAAAUUAAAAAUUAGCAAUUUAAAAAAAGUGUUCAAUCCUAAUAAUUCUAAACCAAGACAUUUUUUAAUGUUGGCUACUAUUUACUGUCAAAUCAGCAGUUAGCAUGUCGCAAGCAGUGAGCAGCAAUGCAAUCCAUUAAUGUGUGUUAUGGAAAAUGAAACAACCACUACAAUGUACCUGAAAACGCCAUUUCAAUGCGAUAUUAUCCGAAUUAAGAGGGUCCAAGUAACGAAAUAAUCUUCAUCUUCAGAGAUUUCUUCCGUAUGAUUUUUCAAAAAUUUUAAACAUGACGAAAUUGCGUCAAAAUUAUCUAUACAAUUUCGUGGAAUUUAAUUCAAUUUUGAUUUCAUACAUUUUUAAGAUCUGAUGCAUUUAUUCUUCUUGUUAUGCAUUAGAAAUAAAGUUUUUUGAAGUUUCUUUUUUAAUUUCAACUUGGACAUGUUGGACACAACGCAAUCAUCAUAGAUUUCUUAAGUUACGAUACAUGUGGAUAAACUUGGGAGGUUAAUAGUAACAGCCAUCAAUAUGCACAUCACUGAUUCUUCCUAAAUUAUAGAAUUAUCGAGAAUUAUAUAUCAUUAGAAAAUGCUUAACGGAGUCAGAAAGUUUGCGAUUUGUUAAGGGACUUUCCGUUUUGAAUUUUCCUGCGUGGUUUUUUUCUUCUUUUUUUCACGGUUUUGGUUACAAAGCGAACAAAGCAUGCCAUAUUUAAAAUAGCUAUUAACAUGGGCGCUUCUUUUUUUUUCAAGCUAUUUAGCAAAAUGUAUGUUUUACAAAACUCUGUUUGAUAUCGAAUCAUAUGGUCAAUUUCUUUUAGAAAGAAUAUUAAUGAUUGUUAUGUGUGCACUAUACAUUGAUGUGUGUGCAGUCGUUCAAAUUUUGUCAUAAACAUGUCAAGUGUACUCAUUUUUUAUUCAAUAAAUAAAAAAAAACUACGUAAAACAUUCCCAGUGAAAUUGUGAUGUUUAUACUUUUACUAACUCGCGAUAAAUACAAUAUUGUUCAAUUUUAAGACUUGCGGGGAUUUAAGAAAACAUAUGCAUGAAACAUAAAGUUGUGUAUUUCAACAUUAAUUAUGUUUUGUUUUAGGAACUUGCAAAUAUUGUAUACUGAAUCCUAUUUACAAAACUGUAUGGAUUUCUUUUUUUUUUCUAUAUUUAAUCUUUUUUAUAAAAAAAAACCAUGUGGGUGCUUUCACGAAAAGUUUAAACUGAAUGAAUAGUGUGUGAAUGACAUUGAUAUGUAGCUUGUAUAAACAUUAUACAUAUAUGAAACACAGAUAGAAAAAAAUAUAUGUUGGAAAUAUAAUAUUAUACUACAUAUGCACAUAUGCAUAUGUAAAUUCUUUAAUGACACAUGUGCAAUU